AACAUUUCUCCUUUUUUCAUUUCUCACGUUUCUCUUUCACAUUAUUGGAUGAGCUUUAAUGGACCCAGAUCUGCUAUUGAUUCUAAAUUUUCUUGAUCAUUGUCAUUGGGUGGUUGCAGAAAACCUGGCAGACAAGGGUAAAUCACACGUGUCGAAUUGUGCAACGUGUCGGUGAAGUGGCGCAUAUCAGGGCUGCGUGGACGCAUACCAUCUGACGUAUGAGAUUUCUUGCAUGUCGACAUAUUUUCUUUCUCUCGGUUACGUCGCCGUGACAACGUGUCCAACUGAAGGUGGCCAACAGCUUUCUCUCUUUAUAAGUAUGGCUUUAUAGUGGCAAUCUAGUGUCCCAUUAGGCCCAAAAAACAAACUUUAGAGCCAUUUUCAUGAGGGAUAUUAUGGAAAAAAAUAGUAACCGAGGAUUGGAGGCCAUAGAGAUGGCUUUGUAGUGCUUGUUUUCGGCUCUCAGCAGACUGGAUAUUUUCUUGUUUGGUUCUUUUAAUCUCAGAGCAUUGAUUCAACUUCUCAUGGCGGGAGGACAGAGAUCAAGGGGACUCAACAAGCCAUGUAUUCUUCUUAUAGUGGUGGCUGGUAUGGAGAGGUUUGCCUUCAAAGGGGUGGUAUCAAAUUUGGUCACUUAUCUCACGGAUGUUGUGAAGAUGAGCAAUUCAACAGCGGCUAAGACGGUGAAUAGUUGGUGCGGUUUAACGUCUAUGUUGGCACUGUUGGUGGCCCCUCUUGCAGAUUCUUAUUGGUAUCGGUACUCCACCAUAUUGGCCUCUUCUUUUCUCUAUAUUAUAGGGUUAUUGGCAUUGACAUCAACAGCAUUGGUGGGGACAUGGAUUCCUGAAGACAGAACCAGCGGUUCUUCAUUCCUCUUUUGGUCCCUUUAUUUGAUUUCGCUCGGACUAGGUGGAUACAACCCAUCAUUGCAGGCCUUUGGAGCAGACCAGCUCGAAACCGAAGAAGACUUGCCUUGUACCAAAGAUGAGAAGAAUCCUGACAGCAAGAGUUUGUUCUUCCAAUGGUGGUACUUCGGUAUUUGCAGUGGCAGCCUCUUGGGAGUCACAGUCAUGUCCUAUAUCCAAGACACAUCAGGUUGGGGAAUCGGAUUUGCCAUCCCCACCAUCGUAAUGAUCGCAUCUAUUGCAUUUUUCUCAUGUGGAACCCGGUUUUACACAUAUAGGCAGGAUAGGGAUGUCAACUGGAAGACCCUUGAAACCAUAGUUCAAGCCAUCAAAGCAAUCACAUCAAAAAUGAUGAAUUGUGGAAUUAACUUGCCAGCUAACAAAUCAUCCCAUGUGAUUGAGUUAGAGCUCCAAGAGAAGCCCCUUUGUCGCGACACCAAGGACUUGGCCGAAAACCAUAAGAGUGGCAUUUACCUGCCCGAAAGUAUAAAGGUUGUGUUGCGGCUCUUUCCCAUAUGGACAAUGCUUCUAAUGUUUGCAGUAAUUUUCCAGCAACCAGCAACCUUCUUUACAAAACAAGGCAUGACAAUGAAGAGGAACAUUGGAAGAAACUUGCUUAUUCCACCAGCAAUGCUGCAGAGCGCAAUUACAGUGUCCAUAAUUGUCCUAAUGCCUCUGUACGACAAAGUUCUGAUCCCGUUCACAAGGCUGAUAACCCGAAAGGAGAAAGGCAUCAAUGUAAUGCAAAGGAUGGGGAUUGGGAUGGUCCUCUCCAUCAUAGCUAUGGUAAUUGCAGCACUUGUGGAAAAAAAGAGGCUUAGCAUCAGCUCCAAACUGGAAUCACAGUCAGAAACAGUACCAUUGAGCAUCUUUUGGUUGCUGCCUCAGUACAUUAUCUUGGGCAUCGCAGACAUCUUCACCGUUGUUGGUAUGCAAGAGUUCUUUUAUGGCGAAGUUCCUAUCAGAAUGAGAACAAUGGGAAUAGCACUCUACUCUAGUGUCUUUGGAGUUGGGAGCUUCAUGAGCGCCUUCUUGAUAUGGCUGAUCGAAAUUUUCACAAGUUCAGGAGGAAGACAAGGUUGGUUCUCAGAUGACAUGAGAGAAGCCAGGCUAGACAAGUACUACUGGCUUUUAGCCUUGUCCAGUACAUUCAGCCUUCUUCUGUAUAUGCUCUUGUGUAAAUAUUACAAGAGCCGGAGUGAAUUGGACAGUGAAAGCUGAAAAUGAACUUGCUUAGCAUGAUGAGAGAACUGUGUACAUGAGCUUUUCAAUUUGUUCUUCUUCUUUUCCUCUGGAGUUUGACGUGUUUUAGUAAGCGAAAAUGACAGGUUUUCCAAAUGCUCUUGUUUUCCCUUCUUUUACGCGCGUAGUGUAAUUUUUGUUUACAAGAUGAACGAACAUUUAGGUUUUAUGAUAUCAACUUUUGUACA